AUGGUCGUCUACUCCUUCUACAUCUUCGACCGGCACACGGAAUGCAUCUACACAAAAACGUGGCUCCCUGCCGAGCGACCGGCAUCCCAAACGCCCCUCCCUGUCACGGGCACGACGCCUAGCUCUGGCGGCCCGCCGUCGCAGCAGCUGCGCCGGAGCCAGGUCAACUCGGCAAAGGACGACGCCAAGCUCAUCUUCGGUACCGUCUUCUCGCUGCGCAACAUGGUCCGCAAGCUCGGCGGCGACGACGACGCCUUCAUCAGCUACCGCACCUCGGCCUACAAGUUGCACUACUACGAGACACCCUCGAACCUGCGCUUCGUCAUGCUCACCGACACGGCCACCCUGAGCAUGCGCAACGUGCUGCAUCAGAUCUAUAUUAACCUCUGGGUCGAAUAUGUUGUCAAGAACCCCUUGGCGCCGGCCGAGCAUAAGGGCGGCGAGGGCGUGAAGAACGAGCUGUUCGAGCUGGGUCUAGACCAGUUCGUGAGGGGCCUGAUGUGA